AUGUCUAAAAAAUCGUCGAUUACUGCGGAAAUUACUGCGGCAAGACUAACAACAGAACGACAAACAGUUCAACAACUCAAGUUGAAUCAUGGUUUAUUUUUGGAUGGACAUGGCAUACGACCAAGUAAUGAAGCUAUUUUUUCCGAUGAUGGCAGGUUGGAAAUAAGCUUAUAUAAAGGGGAACCUAUCGUUUACACUAAUAUAAACGAUCCAACUUCUUCUACAAAUUUGUUCACACUCAACAAUGAUGUUCGUGAUAAUAUUAGUGAGGUUUCGUAUUUACAAACUUCCGAUGCUUGUAUUAAUUUUCCAAUUGCUGAAUUCGUAUAUAAAGGUGAUUUGUUAGAAUCUUUUUCGAAAUGUAAGGAUAAAAACGACGAAAAUUUAUAUUUAUCUUAUGGCCAUAUUUUCGCAAGAAAAGUUAUGGUUGGUGGCAAAUUAUUUAUCAAAAAUUCAAAUUUAGCUAGUUCAAAACAAAUAGAUACCAUACAAACUCAUUUAACUGGAAUAUAUAAUUUUACCAAAUAUAAUAAAGAAAAUCCAUUCAGUAAUGUCGAUUGGUGUCAUUUACCAAGAGUAGAAACGUCAAAUGGGCAAGUGAUAACAUCCAAGCUGAUUUUAACCAAUUGGAUGAAUAAUCUGUAUCAAAAGAAUAUGUUUGACAUAAUUUCUUAUAUCGAUAUCAUUCCAGUCUUUCAAUUAAACCCUGAUAUAUAUGACUUUGAUGACUUCGAGAUACAGCCUGGGGUUGCUAAUUUUGGGAAAAAGUUAAGUUUUAAAAGAUGGGCAGAGCACGCCAAUUUAUUCCUUCUAUUUCAGGGUUUAACAUUUAAUAAGUUUUAUAAGAUUUAUGAAGUGGAAUUUAGCAAGAAGAUUGCCUUUAAGUUCAUUGAUAUACCUGUAAUAAAACCAAUUAAAACAUCAUACUUGAAAUUUAUAAAGCCGGCAACGAAUUUAGACGAAUUCUUCAUAUCUAAUAAUAUCGCUUCAGUUAAAGAUACAAGUUCAUUUCCUUUUAUUAAAAAAUAUGAUAAGUUCAAUAAUUUAGUUAACAAGGAUCAUAUUCAUUUGGUAGUCAAAUGUGAGCAAUAUGAGAUUGUCAUAGAUAAAAUUUAUGUCAAGCACACAAAAAAAUUUGAAGAAUCUAUAAAUAUAGCACUUAAUAGUAACAAGCCUUAUAAAGCUUUACAAGAUACGUUUGAUGAAUUUGGGCAUAUAUUUCCACAGAGAAUUGUCUUAGGAAGAUCGUUUCAUAGUAAUUUACCAAAUAUUUCAUCUAAUUCUUUUAAUAACGUUAGUUUGGAAUCUUUAAAUUCUGAAUCUUUAAAGUCAUAUUUAGAUCAUUUGAACGUUUCAUAUCUUUUAACGCAUGCUGGAGAAAUUAUCGAUAUUGACAAUGACGUUGAAUUAUCUAAUUUGAUUCAAGAUACAAAUUGCGAUUUAGAAAUUAUUGAAUUUGAUAAAAUAAUUUCCACGUUUGAUAUCCCUCGAGCAAAUCAGUAUAACGAAAUAGCUAAAUUAUUAAAUGUGCAAAAUCAUCCUAAAAUUAUAAUGACAGGGAUUACUGAUUUGAAAGAUUUAGAUGAUAAUAAUGCUGAGCAUUAUAAAUAUGUAAAAAUAGAACCAUCACUGAAAGAUAAUGAUUAUGAAGUUUUUGGUUCGAUUGUUAUAGGAAAAAAAAAACUAGAAGAAUGUUGUAUUAGUUUUGAGAUGUAUGACCUUAAUGGAUUCACUGCAAUUAUAAAAACCUCAAAUUUAAGGAUAACGGAAUGUCAUAUUUUAUGGUUUAUUAUUGGAAAACCUUCGAAAUUAUCUGUUUUUAGUCCGAGGAAUCGAUCUUUUGAAGUUGUUGAUCUUAUUAAUGCUCAAAUUUUGUUAAAACCAGAUAAAUCUUAUUAUAGGAUCAAUAUUGAAAAUACUACAUUGCAUGAAAAUAAUUACUUUUUUAUUAACUCGGAUUAUUCAACAACAAACUUUGGUCCUAAUCAUAUUAAGAUAGCUGGUUGGGAAAGUAACGCUAUUGAUUUCAAGAUAAUCAAUUCCACUCAUGAUGAAUCAAAUAAACUUAAUUUAAAUGUAUGUAUUUUACGUUCAAGUUUAUUAAAGAUCGAUAAUGAAGGAGAGGAAUAUUCUUUAGACACAAUUGGGCAUACUAUGACCUUUAAAAAUAGGAACCUUGAUAUUAAAGAAUUGAAAAUGAUUCCUUUUAUUAAUGAAGAUCUUAAAUGUUCAUUAGCCGAGAGAAUACCUAAAAAAAGUUCAGAUUUUUCUAAUAUAAUUUUAUCGGUGCCUUCAAAAUUUACUUAUCGAAAGUUUUUUAAAAUUCAAAAGUUAUUAGGAGAUUCAUAUACAAUUCGAUUAAUUUCAGCAAGUGAGGCGACUGCUAUACAUUGUAUAAACACGAUAAAAGUUAAGCCAUUGUCGCAGUUUUUAGUUGUUAAUUGUGGAGGUGCUAUGGUGGAAGAAUUUCUUGAAUAUAUAACGAAAAAAGUGGGUCCUGAUGCUUUAAAAGAGCUUAAAAAAAACCAUGAUGGACAAUUAAAAUUUUUGGUACAGCAAUAUCAAGAAAUUAAACAUUCAUUUACUGGAAACAAGGAUUAUUAUAAUAUUUGUGAAAUGAAUCUUGAAGAAAUUUGUCCUGACAUCAAACGAUAUGUUGCUGGAAUUUAUAAAGACGAAUUGGAAAGAAAUAAAUGGAUUGUCAAACUCUUCUAUGAUGACGUCAAACAAAUGUUCGAUCCUAUUAUAGUACAAAUUAUCAAAUUGAUUCAUGAACAACUAAAUUUCAGUGAAUCUUGUUUUACAAUUUUUUUAGUAGGUGGUUUUAGUGAAUCAAAAUAUUUACAAAAAUGUAUUGAACAAGAAUUUCAGCAUCUAGUUCAGAACAUUUUUAUACCUGAGAAACCUAUUGAUGCAGUAUUAAGAGGAUCGUUUCAGUAUACAUUAUAUCCCAAUUUAAUUUCUACAAGAGUAAUCAAUAUGACUUAUGGCAUUAAACAAGAUGGAUUAUUUAAAAGGAUAGUAGAAAUUGGUACAGAAGUAAAUGAAAAGCAGGAAUUUGAACUAGCGCUGAAUCCAGAAAAUUAUAUUGAAAUGUAUGAAACAACCGUAAAGGAUCCUAAAUUUUGUGACGAACUUGGUGUUAAUUUAUUCGGUACGAUUAAAUUAGGAGGCCCAAAAGUAUGGUACAAUCAGUUAGGCCAGUCAAAAUUGGUGUUUUUAUUUGGUCAAAGUGAAAUUCGUGUUUACAUAAAAGAUCAAUAUGGAAUGUAUAUAAAACCUGAUUUUGAAAUAUUAGAUUGA